AUUUUUUCUACUACCAUUUCAUUAGAUGAAACAUGUGUAUCGAAUGAUUUGAAAAAUAUCCUAGGAGCUAAUGGACAUGAUUUAUUGAAUAAUGACAAUCGGUUGCAAUAAAGAUAAGUUAGCAAGUGCUUACAGAUUACUUGAUGAUGAUAUAGUUUAUGAGUCCUUGCCCAAGGUCAAUGGUAAUGACCAUGAAAAAACAAUGACGGGUUUAGCUGGUGCUUGUGCUAUUACAGCUUAUAUCAAUGGUUGUGAUUUAUAUGUGGCUAAUUCAGGCGAUUGUCGAGCUGUUCUUGGCUCUAGAUCAUCCGACGGAAAAUGGAUUGCCACUCCUUUAUCCACGGAUCAAAAUGCUUUUAAUCUGGACGAAAAUGAUCGCGUGAAACAAGAACAUCCUGGUGAAGAUUAUAUCAUAAGAAAUGGACGCCUUCUAGGAUACUUGCAGCCAUUUCGAGCCUUCGGCGACGUGAUGUAAUGGAAUUCACAGUUACAUAAAGAUUACUUAAACGGCAUUUAUGGCCGAGUUGUGAUACCUCAACAGAUCUACCGUACCCCCUACCUAACUGCAGUGCCAGUGGUAACACAUCAUACUUUAAACAACGAGGAUAAGUUUCUGGUGAUCGCCAGCGAUGGCUUAUGGGAUAUGAUGAGCAAUGAUGCGGCCGUACAAUACGUGGGUGACUUAUUGGAUCAUGGUUCCGCCUUUGGAAAUGAUGAGCAUGGUAAUGUAGUUAAGAGGAAUGCAGCUAGUCAGUUGAUACAUGAAGCUCUUGGUGGAGACGAUAGAGAUAAAAUGGAAAUGUUAUUGCAUGCACCUAGACGUGUUCGAAGGACCGUGAGGGAUGAUAUGACUAUAACUGUUGUUUAUUUUGUAGAAAACUAAAACCUGUAUGUAGGUUGCCAUUUAGAUUUUCAUGAUUGGCAAUGUUGAGUUCGAAAUUUUUGUAAAGGUAAUAUUGCAAUAAAUGAAGUGUCGACGACAAAA